AUGGAGGGUUUCAUUCAUACGUGUGGAGGGACAUUAAAAGGAAAGAAUGGUACUAUAGAAAGUCCAGGUUUCCCAUACGGAUAUCCUAAUGGUGCCAACUGUACCUGGGUAAUCGUAGCAGAACAAAAGAACAGGAUUCAUAUAGUUUUUCAAUCUUUCGCUGUGGAGGAGGAAUAUGACUUUUUAUCUUUGUAUGAUGGACGCCCACAUCCGGCACACUUCCGGACAAGGUUAACAGGAUUUCAGAUCCCACCUCCCGUCACCAGCACAGGGUCCAUAUUUUCACUACGGCUUACCAGUGACUUUGCAGUAAGCGCUCAUGGAUUUAAGAUGGCUUAUGAAGAGUUAAGGAGCAGCGCCUGUGGGAACCCUGGUGUUCCACCUAAAGCCAUCCUAAACGGAACACAGUUCAACUUCGGGGCCAAGAUCCGCUACAGGUGUGUGACGGGCUACGUGUUGGACGGACACUCACUCCUCACCUGUGUCCUCAACACAGGCAACAUGGCCGUCUGGGACUUCCCUGUCCCCAUCUGCAGAGCUGAGGACACGUGUGGCGGUACAUUGAGGGGGUCCAGUGGGAUCAUCUCCAGCCCUGAAUUCCCCGGUGACCUCUCCAACGCUGGGGAGUGUAAAUGGACGGUGCUGGCUGACCCUGGAGACACCAUCUCACUGGUCUUCACUGACUUCCAGAUGGAGGAUAAACACAACUAUCUGGAGGUAGAAGGAUCAGAGCCGCCCAGUAUCUGGUUAUCUGGUAUGAAUAUACCAGCACCCAUCGUCAGCAACAAGAACUGGCUAAGACUCCAUUUUGUGACUGAUAGGAAUCAUCGACAUAAAGGAUUCACAGUUCAGUAUCAAGUGAAAAGCUCUGGAGAGCUGAAAUCCAGAGGGGUAAAGUUAUUACCGGGAAAGGACGACAAUAACAAACUGUCUUUGAUGAAUGAAGGAGGAAUUAAACAGGUGUCCAAUUAUUGCCCGGACCCGGGGGAACCUGAGAACGGCAAACGCAGCGGCACCGACUUCAGCAUUGGAGCAACGGCUCAGUUUACCUGUGAUGAGGACCAUGUGCUGCAAGGCUCCAAAACCAUCACCUGUCAGAGGGUAGCGGAGGUGUUCGCUGCUUGGAGCGACCACAGACCUGUCUGCAAAGUGAAAACGUGCGGAUCAACUCUCCAUGGUCCAUCGGGGACUUUCACGUCUCCCAAUUUCCCCAUCCAGUACGAGAGUAAUUCCCACUGCGUGUGGAUUAUCACUGCUGGUGACCCCAAUAAGGUUAUCCAGAUCAACUUUGAGGAGUUUGACCUGGAGAUCGGCUAUGACUCAUUAACCAUUGGAGACGGAGGGGAGGUUGGGGAUUCAAGAACGAUAAUACAAGUGCUGACGGGCAGCUUCGUGCCUGACCUUAUUGUCAGCAUGUCUCAUCAAAUGUGGCUGCACCUUCAGUCUGAUGAGAGUGUGGGAUCUAUCGGUUUCAAGGUCAACUAUAAAGAGAUUGAUAAGGAGAGUUGCGGGGACCCAGGCACACCUCUGUAUGGCUUCCAGGAGGGCAGUGGGUUUCUGAAUGGGAACGUGCUGCGGUUCGAGUGCCAAUUUGGCUUCGAGCUGAUUGGAGAGAGGAUGAUCACCUGUCAGAACAACAACCAAUGGUCUGCUAACAUCCCCAUGUGCAUAUUCCCAUGUUUCUCCAACUUCACGGCGCCCGUGGGCACUGUGCUGUCCCCUGACUACCCAGAGGGCUAUGGGAACAACCUGAACUGUGUGUGGGUCAUCAUCUCUGAGCCCGGCAGCCGGAUCCACCUGGCCUUCAACGACUUUGACCUGGAGCCUCCUUACGACUUCCUCACCGUGAAGGACGGGGACCAGAUGGCCUCGUCCAUCCUGGGGAGGUACUCGGGAGCGGAGGUGCCCUCUCACUUCAGCUCCAACACCAACAUACUACAGCUGGAGUUCCAGGCAGACCACUCCAUGUCUGGGAGAGGAUUCAACAUCACCUACAGCACAUUUGGCCACAACGAGUGUCCGGACCCAGGCGUCCCUCUGAAUGCCAGACGGUUUGGGGACAGUUUCCAGCUGGGUAGCUCUGUCUCUGUGGUGUGUGAGGAGGGCUUCAUCAAGACCCAGGGCACUGACACCAUCACCUGCCAGCUGGAGGAGGACAAGGUCAUGUGGAGCGGACCCAUCCCUAAAUGUGAAGCUCCCUGUGGAGGCCAUUACUCUGCUCCAUCUGGAGUGAUCCUGUCCCCAGGGUGGCCCGGCUACUAUAAGGACUCCCUCAGCUGUGAGUGGGUCAUCGAGGCAACGCCCGGACGCUCUGUCAAGAUCAGUUUUGACAGGUUCCAGACGGAGCUCAGCUAUGACUUCCUGGAGGUGCAUGAUGGUCCCAACCUGCUCUCGCCUCUGAUUGGCUCGUUCAACGGGACCCAGGCCCCCCAGUUCCUGUUCAGCAGUAGUAACUUCAUCUACCUCCUCUUCAUCACCGACAACAGCAGAUCCAACAGCGGCUUCAAGAUCUUCUACGAGAUUGUGACGUUGGACACGUCAUCGUGCAUGGACCCUGGGGUCCCGGUGAACGGCGUGCGGUACGGCCAUGACCUGGCCAUCGGGUCCACAGUGUCUUUCCAGUGUGACCAGGGAUACAGGCUCAGUCACGAGGAACCCCUGGUCUGUGAGAAGAACCACUGGUGGAGCCGUCCUCUGCCCACAUGUGACGCAUCUUGUGGUGGGGACGUGAGAGGACCUGGUGGUAUCAUCCUGUCUCCUGGAUAUCCAGAACUCUACCCUAACUCUCUAAACUGCACCUGGACAGUGGAGGUCGGACAUGGGAAAGGGGUCCAGUUCAUGUUUCAUUCCUUCCACUUGGAAGAUCACCAUGACUACCUCCUGAUCACUGAGAACGGCAGCUUCGCCCUACCUUUAGCUCGCCUCACCGGCCCCGAGUGCCCGGCGCCCGUCAACGCAGGCCUCUACGGGAACUUCAAGGCCCAGCUUCGCUUCAUAUCCGACUUCUCUAUAUCCUUUCAAGGAUUCAACAUCUCCUACUCAGAGUAUAAUCUGGAGCCGUGUGAGGACCCCGGGACCCCCAGGUUUGGCUGGCACACAGGCAUCAGCUUUGGCAUCGGAGACUCGCUGGUUUUCUCCUGCAAUGCGGGCUAUCGCCUACAGGGGGCGGUGGAGAUCUGGUGCCUGGGAGGCGGUCGCCGCGUGUGGAGUGCCCCUCUGCCAAGGUGUGUGGCGGAGUGCGGCUCAACCGUUUCCAACAGCGAAGGAGUUGUGUUGUCGCCCAACUACCCACUAAACUAUGACAACAGCCACGAGUGUGUCUACAGCAUUCAGGUAGAGACAGGAAAGGGCAUCAACGUCUCAGCAAGCACCUUCCAACUGGCACAAGGAGACAUUCUCAAGGUCUAUGAUGGAGGGGACAGUGCUGCCCCUGUCCUGGGUAUCUACGCCGGCUCCACCAUGCUAGGCCUGGCCAUUACCUCCACCUCCAAUCAUCUGUGGCUGGAGUUCAACUCAGACCAGGAGCACACAGCAGGCGGCUUCAGACUCAGCUACUCCAGUUUUGAGCUGUCUCACUGCCAGGAUCCCGGGGUGCCUCAGUUUGGGUUCAUAGUCAGCGACCAGGGGCACUUCGCUGGCAGUGUCAUCACGUACGGCUGUGACCAAGGUUAUACCCUGCACGGAAGUGGCAUACUCAAGUGCAUGACCCGAGAGAGAAGAGCAUGGGACAACCACCUCCCCUCAUGCAUAGCGGAGUGUGGGGGUAGGUUCAAAGGUGAGUCUACAGGGCGCAUCCUGUCUCCUGGAUAUCCCUUCCCUUACGACAACAACCUGCGCUGUACCUGGACCAUCACUGUCAACUCUGGCAACAUCGUCAGCCUCCAGUUUCUGGCGUUCGACACAGAGGCAUCUCACGACAUCCUGAAGGUUUGGGACGGACCACCAGAAAAUGAGAUGUCUCUGAGGGAGGUGUCUGGCUCUCUGCUCCCCGAGGGGAUACACAGCACCCUCGACGUCGUCACCAUUCAGUUCGAGACUGACUUUUAUAUCACCAAGUCUGGCUUCGCAAUCGACUUCUCAAGUUCGGUGGCGACAGCCUGCAGAGAUCCAGGCAUGCCUAUGAAUGGCAGUCGUAACGGAGAGGGGAGAGAACCAGGUGAUACGGUGAACUUCUCCUGUGAUCCAGGAUACGAGCUGCAGGGAGAGAGCAAGAUCACCUGCAUCCAGGUGGACAACAGAUACUAUUGGCUGCCCAGCCCUCCCAGCUGCAUUGCUCCCUGUGGGGGCAACGUAACAGGAUCAUCAGGAUUCAUCCUCUCCCCCAACUUCCCCCUCCCUUACCCUCACAGCAAGGACUGUGAUUGGCUGAUCGCUGUCCACUCAGACUACGUCAUAUCCCUGGCUUUUAUCAGUUUCAGUAUCGAGCCCAACUACGACUUCCUGUAUAUCUACGACGGACCAGACAGCAACAGUCAUCUCAUUGGUAGUUUCCAGGAUAGCAAGCUUCCAGAGAAGAUCGAGAGCUCCGCUAACUUCAUGCACCUAGCCUUCCGUAGCGACGGCUCAGUGAGCUACAAAGGCUUCCAUCUGGAGUAUAAAGCUAAACUGCGGGAGGCUUGCUUUGAUCCGGGGAACGUUAUGAACGGGACACGCCUGGGGAAUGACUACAAGCUGGGCUCCACGGUGACGUUCAGCUGUGAGGCGGGAUAUGUGUUACAGGGACACUCCACACUGACCUGUAUGAUGGGGAACAGCAGGAGGCCUGAAUGGGACCGAGCCAAGCCCAGCUGUCAAGCUCCGUGCGGAGGCCGCUCGACAGGGUCAGAGGGGACCGUCCUGUCCCCAAACUACCCCCGUAAUUAUACCCAGAGUCUGACCUGCGUCUACCACAUCUUUGUCCCCGGGGACUUUGUGUGCUAUAACAACUGA